AUGCGCGCCUCCCCCCCGCUCAUCAUCCGCUGGCAACGCGGGGACAGCCGCGCGGGUCUCUCCGCGCCCGUGUGGCCCCCUGCUGGCCCCCACGUGCCGCUGAGCCACACCUUCCGGGUACGCUGUGAGUGCACCCGCCCGUGGGGAGAGGGGGGGAGGAGGGGAGGGAGUGGGGGUGGGGUUGUGGGAUGGCGGGGCGUGGUGAGGCGGUGGGAGGGGCAGCGGGAGGGGCAGCGGGAGGAGGAGCGGGAGGGACAGCGGGAGGGUCAAUGGGGGGCACGGGGCUCGUUUGAGGGCGAGUGGCACCGGGCAGUCACACCUGCCCCCCCCACUCAGCCAGCAACAAACCCCUCUCCACCCUCGCCCACGCUGCAUGCACCUCCCACCUACCCCACCUCCCACCAACUUCUCCUUGCAUUCGCAUCCUCUCCUUCUCCAUCCCCCACUCCCCUCCCCUUUUCCCAACGUCUUCCCCUCCUUUCUAACACCCCCCUCUUUCCAUCCUUCUUCUUCCCCGCCCUCUCAACCAACCCCCACCCCCCCAUUCCCCCCCAAUCUUCCUGUUCCCCACUCUUUCCCCCCUUUCGCCUCUCUAUCCCUGCUUUUCCCUCUUUCCUCCCCUUUCCCCUUUUUCCCCCCCACUUUCCCGUCCCUUUUCCCCCUUUUCCCCUCCCGUUCCCCUUUUUUUUCCCCCUCCCCCCCCCUUUUCCCCCCCCCUUUCCCCCCCCUUUUCCCGCCCGCCCUUCCUCCUCCCCCCCCCCCUGGGCGCAGAUCCCGGUGACGCUGUACAGGGAGAGGGGGGCCCCCACGGCGCCCUACCUGCGCAAGGCCGCCACCUUCACGCUCCACCACGCGCUGCCUGCCGCCGCCGCCCACCCGAGCCACCCACCCGAUGCACCAUCCGAGCCUGCCUUCCAGGCUCGGCCCGAGCCUCUGGGGCGGGCGCAGCUGGACCUGGCUGAGCUGGCGGACUGCGACGGGGCGGUGGAGCGCCGCCUCAAGGUGGCGCCCGGGCCCGCCAUGCUGGCUGACGUGGCGGCUGCUGAUAGGCCGGCGGGGGCGGUGCUGGUGGUGAGCGUGGAGUGCGUUGGGAAGAAGCUCAGCCGCGAGGCCGCCGCUGAGGAGGCCCUCAUGUAUGCCGGGGGGGGAGGGGUGCGGGGCAUGGGCGCAUGGGGGCAUGGGCAUAGGGGCACGGGAGAAUGGGGGAAGGGCUUGGGCGCAUGGGAGCAUGGCGUAAGGAGGGAGUGUGCUGGGUUGGUGUGA